AUAUUUAUACAGCUGUAGAAAAGUGGUGGCUCUGCCCUUUAUAUCUGUUUGAGCACCAGUGGAGCCACAACUGCAGGGAACCAUAAAGAGACUCCAUGGCUUCCUUGAUGGAUUUUGCCCUGCUGGCUUUGGCUCUAUCAGCUCCCACUGUGGCCUUUGCUCCAAUCGGGGGAGGUGCAUCCACCCACGUCAGCAUCACAGGGACGGCUCUUCUGCAGAAAGUCACAGAGACGUGCCGGGCAGUCGCCGAGGCAGCUGGUCAUGAGUUCAAUCCCACGGGUUCCUCUCCUGCAGAGAUCGUUCAGGCUUGUCUAGGUCCCACAGCAACAGGUGAUGUGUCUGGUGCCAAGUUUCACUCUGCUCUUCAAGAGAUCUACGUCCAGAACGGGCUGGUAGACCGAGACUUUGUCGGCAGUGCUCCGCAUCACUUCGACUCUGAAGCCUUCUUGGAGGGCCGCGGCCUCAUCAUGGAGGGCAUGUUGGCGAUUAAGGCUAACGUUCGAGAGGAGAACUUCAAGGCUGCCAGAGAAACACUGGGCAGAGUCCUUCAUACGUUACAGGACUUCUACAGUCACAGUAACUGGGCGGAGCUGGGAUACACAGAGCCAUAUAUCAACCUCAUACGACCAGACCUCCCUCUGGAAAAUCUUGCAGAUGUGAACACGCCCACCUGCAGUGACUGUGCCAGUGGAACAUGCCCGAAUCAGAUCCUGCCCAACAUCCUGAAGGAGAAGAAGCUCACAUCAGGCUACAUGGGAAUCUUCUCUUCUGCAAAACCUCAAGGUAAGUGCAGCCAUGGAGGUGCAGCUGAUCUUACCAGCACCGCCGCUCCUCGAGGAGGCAUCAGUAAAGACGAGCGUCGCUCAGACAACGUGGCCCAUCAUGAAGCUGCUGUAAAAACAGCCACAGCUGCCAGCCUCCAGCUGCUGGAGGACAUCCGCUCAGCUGCAGGAGACCAGAACUUUCUAAGGAUGAUGGGGAUUGCUCGCUCAUCUGUGGUGUGCUUUGUGAUUGACACCACGGGCAGCAUGUCAGACGACAUCGAAGAAGCUAGAUCAGUUGUAUAUGAAAUCAUUGACAGCAAAAAGGGAACACAGGACGAGCCAUCCGAGUAUAUCCUGGUGCCUUUCAACGACCCAGAUUUUGGACCAAUGAUCAGGACAACUGACCCUGGAAAAAUGAAAACCGAAAUCUCUAAGCUCAAAGCAAGUGGUGGUGGGGAUAUCCCAGAGAUGUGCUUGUCAGGACUUCAGCUGGCUCUUACUGGAGCCCCUUCCUCAUCCCACAUCUAUGUUUUCACUGAUGCUAUAGCUAAAGACAUCGCCUUGAAGGACACUAUCGUCGCUCUCAUCAGGAGCACCAAGUCAACGGUGUCAUUUUUCAUGACUGGGCCCAGCAAAAGGCGUCGUCGUUCUGUUUUUUCUGCUUCCUUUGGAGACUACCGUGACUUAGCUUUGGCAUCUGGAGGCCAGGCCAUCCAGGUGUCCAAGGCCCAGUUGCCUCAAGCGACAGAUGUUAUCCUUGACACAUCAACUUCUGCCCUGGUGACUGUUCUUCAGAGAGCAAGAAAUGCUGGAAAAGAAGAAACUUUCCCCUUCAUGUUAGACGAAUCACUAAAAAACAUCACAAUCUACAUCACAGGAACAUCCAUAACUUUUACACUUACCAACCCUAAAGGUGUGAGCCAGAAUCAGAAUGAGGCCAAUGGCAAACUGGGUACUAUCCAGACAGUGGGCAAUCUCAGGAGAAUCCGUCUCAACUCUGACAGACAGUCAGGAACAUGGCAGAUCAACAUCAAAUCAACCCAGCCAUAUACACUUAAAGUCACAGGUCAGAGCACAAUUACCUUCAUUUAUGACUUUGUGGAAAAGUUCACAGGACCCCACCCAGGUUAUGCAGUACUCAGUGGACGUCCACAAGCAGGACAGCCUGCCACCCUGAUGCUUUCAGUAAUUGGCAGAAAAGGUCCAUCUUCAAUAACUGUUAAAGAAAUUGGCUUAGUCAUUGUGUCCGGCUCUCAGAACAUAACCAAUGGCACAAUGACUACUAUGGGAAAUGGAGACACCCUGGUCACCGUUGAUGCAGUUCCUGAGGGGGAGUUUGUGGUUGUUCUGAAAGGAACAGACAAAGUGUCAAACAGUGAAUUUCAGAGGCAGUCAACCACCCAGAUGUCCGUCUCCAAAGUGAACAUUCAGGCGGUGGUGGACAGCAGUGUUGAGCCAGGAAAAAACCUUCAGCUCCCCUUUAGUGUGAUGACGCAGGGAGCUGGUGGUACAUACACCAUCAAUGCCAGAAAUGACAGAAACUUUGCCAUGACAUACCCUAACAGGCUCACAUUGACAACUGGACAGUAUGCUAAUGCUACACUGGUUAUUACGGCACCCGCCAACACCGUAUCAGGCACCGAUGUCACUCUGACUAUUGAAGCCAAGUCGUCCACAGGUGCCGACUCAAACUACGUUGUUCUGAGGUUGUCUGUGGUCACCAAGAUCACAGAUUUUUAUCAGCCGCAGUGUGAAGUGUAUGGAGUACUGGCAGAUGACUGCCCUAAAGAUUUGUCCCAGUGUGGACCCUUCCACUGGGAGCUCUCGGCUAACCUGACAGAUGGAAAUGGCACCGGGAUAGAGAGCAUUGCUCUACGUCAGGGCAACGGGACCCUGACGCACUCCUCACUGCAGGCUCCCAUCAUCCAAGCUCAAUACAACGCCUCCUGCUGCUCACAGAUUGUUGAGUUUAUAGCUGUGGAUAAAGUUGGAAAUGUGGGCAAAUGCUAUCAUUCAAUUGCUCCUACAGGAGGGUCUCCGGUUCUAAGCCUGUCACUGCCGCUGUGGUUCUGCCUGCUGCUCUCAGCCUUCACAGGAAGGCCUUGA